AUGACCAGAUUUAAAGAUUAUAUAACAGAAACAUGGGUCGAAAGCCAUGACAAGGAGACAUGGAAUCAAUUUGAAAAUGCUGGACCAAGGACUACAAACCACGUCGAAGGAUGGCAUAGUAAAGUGAACCGUCUCUGUAGUAGUGCCCAUCCAAACAUCUAUAGCAUUAUUAAACUAAUCAAAUCCAUUCAGGCAACUAAUGGGUCUAAGAUCAUCCAGCUGGAAGCAGGAGCAAGAGCAAGGAGGAAAAAGGCCAAGUAUCAGCGCAUUGAUGCUAGAUUGCGCAUCCGGAAGGACAGGUUCAGGAAUGGUGAACUUGACGUUUACGCAUAUGCUGACGCAGCAUCUCACUUAAUUCAUCUGAAUGAGUAA